CUCCACGGAAGGCAGAUUGCUCAAAGGCCACCCAGCUGGACACAAGAAGGACCGAGAGGGAUGGAGACAGAAGAGAAAGCAUCAGCAGCACAACUGAGGCUUAGAGGCAUUCACUGGGAACCUGCUCAAAAGUAAUUAGCCCCCAGGCACGGGAUGCAGACACAGGCUACUGGCUGUGGAGACUGCACCGGUCCACCCUUCCGGUCCACCCUUCGCCACGCCCUGAACGACCGUGCCAACAUGACCCUGCAGUGCACCAAGUCAGCUGGACACUGGAGGAUGGUGGUGUGGGAUGAAGAAGGCUUCCAGGGCCGACGGCAUGAAUUCACAGCUGAGUGUCCCAGUGUCCUGGAACUUGGUUUUGAGACGGUGCGAUCUCUCAAAGUCCUGAGCGGAGCGUGGGUAGGCUUUGAGCACGCCGGCUUCCAAGGACAGCAAUAUGUGCUGGAGAGGGGCGAUUACCCGGGCUGGGAUGCCUGGGGUGGCAACACAGCCUACCCUGCGGAGAGGCUCACCUCCUUCCGGCCUGUGGCCUGCGCUAACCACCGCGACUCAAGGCUGACCAUCUUCGAGCAGGAGAACUUCCUGGGCAGGAAAGGCGAGCUGAACGAUGACUAUCCCUCUCUGCAGGCCAUGGGCUGGGACGGCACUGAAGUGGGCUCCUUCCAUGUUCAAUCUGGGGCGUGGGUUUGUUCCCAGUUUCCUGGCUACCGAGGUUUUCAGUACAUCCUGGAGAGCGAUCACCACUCAGGUGACUACAAGCACUUCAGAGAGUGGGGCUCCCAUGCUCACACCUUCCAGGUGCAGAGUGUGCGCAGAAUCCAGCAGUGAGCACGCACUGGCGACCUGGGGUGCCUGCGAAACGACUGGGUGACUGGCCGGAGGAUGUGGCUGCUCUUGGUUCUGGCUACCCUUGUGUCCUCUGGGAACCCCACAUCCCUGUCAGCCAGCCCAUGCCCCGCCAGCUCAUGGAGCUCAAAGAAAUAAAAUGAAAAACAAAAGACUCAGUA